AUGUCUGGCUAUACUGAGCCGUUGGCCCAUUUGGGGCCUGCCGAGGAGGGCGUUGCCACUUGGAUGUUGUAUGCCCGGUCGAUGCUCACGACUUGGCCAUGCAAGGACAACAGUCAGUGGUUUAUUGGUGUUAUUCCCUCCCAACUGAAACAGGCAGAUCUAUCUCUCUGGAAACAUGCCGACUGCGAGACCAUCAACCAGGUUUACGGCGAUUACUACCACCCCUAUGCGCCCACUACCAAGUUCCGAGACGUCGUCGUCCAAUCCGAGCGGGUCGUUGCAAGCGAUGUUUUCCAAGAAAUCGGCUUUCCGGCCAUGUCCAACGGCCGGAUUGCCUUGUUAGGUGAUGCUGCCCAUGCCAUGACAUCUUUCUUCGGCCAGGGAGCCUGCCAGGCAAUCGAAGACGCCACCGAGCUAGCCAAUGUCCUCGUGGAAGCAUACCAGCAGCAAAACACCCAGCAAGAGAAAAAACAACGCCCGCCAUUCGAAGCAGCAUUCCAGAAAGAUGCCGUACGGGGUUGGUCCGCUGGUCCGCCGUGUCGUUUACAGUUAUAUGCCGAUUUGGGGAUGGAAGUGGGCUUUGCAGUGGCUGCAUGGGUAUCAGCCUAA